GGCAAAUCAUUUCAGCCUCCCUAGUCGGCUCCAUCACUAUUCUCGUUCUCAACUCUGAACUUGCCCUCUUUCUGUCUCUGCAACUGCAAACUACAAAAUCUACAAGAAUCAGAAGUUCGAAACCCAUAUAAUUCAGUUUAUCUAUCUGUCUGCAAGAAUCAAAAUUUCAAAACCUAUUACCUAUAUCAAAACCCAUAUUGGCAUAUCAUUUUAGAUUGUUGAAAAAAUCAAAACCCAUAUCCUUCAGUUUCCAUCGCCCGCUGUUCCAGUUCAGGUUCGUCGUUCGCAAGCUUCAGCCGCUGGCCCUCUGUCUCUCAACUCUCAAGCCCCUCUCUUUGCAACUGCUAACUUUGUGUGCAGCUCCAGGUUCAAAAACAUUCCAGUUACUCGCGAUGAUACACGGAUCAACUGAAUAUGGUUCUUUACCUAGUGGAAUGGUAAUAGCAAAUGAUGUUGACGUCCAAAGGUGUAACCUCCUUAUCCACCAAACAAAAAGAAUGUGCCCUGCUAACUUGAUUGUCACAAUCAUGAAGCGCAACACUUCCCUAGUUGCCAUUUAAAUAACAAUCAUUCUAAUACCUCUGAGACUGGAGUGUUGAAGGAGCCAAAUCUCAGUCAACUUUUAUUUGAUCGUGUCUUGUGUGAUGUUCCUUGCAGCGGGGAUGGUACUCUCCGUAAGGCUCCUGAUAUAUGGAGGAAAUGGAGCAUUGGAAUGGGUAAUGGGCUUCAUGGUCUACAAGUUCAGAUUGCAAUGUGGGGUAUGGCUUUGCUUAAAGUUGGUGGAAGAAUGGUUUACUCAACUUGCUCUAUGAAUCCAGUUGAGAAUGAGGCUGUGGUUGCUGAGAUUCUGCGGAGGUGCAGGGGGUCUGUCGAACUUCUUGAUGUCUCCAGUGAGCUUCCUCAGCUUGUUUGCAGACCAGGUCUUAAGAAAUGGAAGGUCAAAAGCUAGGAUUGCGGCUCCCGUUACUUUUUUUGUUGCCCUUAUAUUUUUUGUAUAGCUCAUGAUCAAGAAGUUGCAUAUAUGGAAAAGAGAGAUUAAAACAGAGCAAGAAGAUAUGAAGAAUUUUUGUUUUAUUUUGGUUAAGUAAAGAUAUAAGGUGUGGAUUAUGUACAUCUUUGAAAUUCGUAUAUAUUUUUGUAUAAAACCAUGAUUUGGAAUUGGUUAUAUAUAUAUAUAUAAAUUA